CCCCCCAGCCCGCCAAUCGGCGGCGGCGACGCAGCCGGGGCUGCCGGCAGCCAAUCGACGGGCCGCUUAGUGACUGGAGGGGAGGCGAGGAGGCAAGAUGGAGGCAGCGGGCGAGGCGGCGGCCCCCGCCGCCGAGGAGCUGCGGGCGCCCGCCGCCUUCGUGGCUCCCCUGCAGCUUGGGACGGCUGCCGCCGCCGUGGUGCUGCCGGAGCGGCUGCAGCGGCGGGAAGCGGAGCGGCAGCAGGGUGUGGAGCGGCAGCGGCAGAAGAAGGAGGCGCAGGCGGUGAAGGAGGAGCGGAGCGAGUUCUUCGUCGCCGCGUUCGCCCGGGAGCGAGAGGCCGUGGAGGCGCUCCUGGCGGCGGGGCCGCUGGAGGAGGCGGCCGCCCGCCUGCAGGGGCUGCAGAAGCUGCUGACCGAGAGCGUGCGGUUCCUGGCGCCCUACGAGGUGCGGCAGGGGCAGGAGGCCGUGGCGCGGCUGCAGGGGGACCUGGCGGCCCGGCGCCAGCAGCUGCAGCCCAAGAAGAAAUUCGCCUUCCGGGCCCUCAAGCGAGAAGCGGCUGCGGGCAGCGAGCCGCGCCCCGCCGAGCCCGCCCGGCCCGCGACCGCCGCGCCGGCCCCCGGCCACGGCCCCGCCGAGGAGGAGCCGGGCGGGCCGCCGCUCUGCGGGUUCAGCGGCGCCGAGGGCGAGGAGCUGGAGCUCGGCCCCGCUGAGCUGCUGCAGCGCGACGUGGUGCUCGCCGGGCUGCGCGGCUGCCGGGUGCGGCUCCGCGGCAACGCCAACACGCUGCGGGUGCGGGACUGCCGGGGCUGCACCGUGCUCUGCGGGCCCGUUUCCACCUCCGUGCUGGUGGACGGCUGCAGCGAUUGUCUCCUGGUGCUGGCCUGCCAGCAGCUCCGCACCCAUCGGACCCGCGACAGCCGCUUCUAUGUGCAGGUGACCAGCCGAGCCGUGAUCGAGGACUGCGCUACGGUCUCCUUUGCCCCCUACACCUGGAGCUACCCUGGCAUCGAGAGAGAUUUCGAGUCUUCUGGGCUGGACAGAAACAGGAACAACUGGAACCUGGUGGAUGACUUUGACUGGCUGGCAACUGACAAGCCUUCGCCCAACUGGAGCCUGAUCCCCGAGCAGGAAAGAAUCAGUUGCUGGGACUGACUGCAGAGGCAGCUCGGUGCUGAGCAAGAAAUCCUGCUGCAAAUGCGUUGAUUCAUAAGCUCUGGGACUUCGCCCCCAAUAUGCCAUUAAAUGAUUCCAUUUGGUAUUUAAAUUGUGAAUAGCAAUGUAUGACUGGAUUUCUUUAAUAGGAGAAUACCAGUCAAAUACAGUUUACUGUUCUUACACAAGUUGCUGCUAUAAUGUUUAUGUAUCACUGUGGAAUUUGCCAGCUGCUGCAGUACCUCAUUGCUGAGUUUUUCUAAUUAAGGUGGGGCAAGGGGCAACAAUACACAAGCAACAGUGAGCCUCUUAAGAGCUGUUGUGCUGCUUUCGCUCACCCAGGCAGCAUCUGAAUUAGCUGCAAGUGGUACAAGCUGUACUGGAAUGCAAAGAUCAAAUACCAAACUUUUCGUGUUUUUGUGGUUCUCAAGUUGCAGACAACAGUACACUGUAUCUUAUGGGGAGUACAGGAGAGGACUUCUGUGAGGUAAUGAGAACAAAAGGUUAAUUUAAAUGAGGAGUUUAAUUGAAGAGUGUAACAGGCGGCAGUGAAUUGUAGGCUACGAUAUAAUUAUGAGCCAGGUUCUGUUGAUGUGGGUGAAAUCUGUAAGUUGUCUUUAUUCAGGGUUUUAGGUGAGAAGUCUAAAGGAAAAAAGUCUCCUAAUGAACAUUUAAUGCUCUUCUAAUAUAUUAAUGAUUGUUUGAAAUUUACAAACCUAUAGAGGCUAUAUAAAUACUAAACCUUCACAAUUUGAAAAUAUUAUGUGAGGAUGCUCCUUCUGUAAACAGUUUUAACCUGAUAUGGAUAAAAUGAAUGCGUUGAGUGUGCUUUUGGGGGCAUACAGUAAGUGCUGAUUAACAUUACAGAAGCAAGGUAAACUGCUCUGCUGCAGUCUGAAACCUCAGGGGAGAGAUGUUCAGCUAUGUCCUACUGGUUGUUUCAUCUGUCUACUGGACAGUAGGCUCUGUGGUGCUGUGAUCUUAAUUUAUAGCACCCUGCUACUGUGUAAGUGCUGUGUUGACAGAGGGAGUCAGUAAAAUUGGAAGAUAAAGUGCUAUAUUCCAGUUCCAAAAUUGCAUGUUGUCUUGCAUAAAGUGCACAGUAACUUGAGUCCCAUUUCUUCACGCCUGCUAAAUUAAAAAAAAAAAGUCGCAGCAUUACGGAAUACAGUGUUUUUACAAUGGCCUUUUAGUGGUGAAGUGACCACUAUCUGUACAUAAAGUAUACAUAGUAGUUCUAGGUUUCUAAACCCACUCCUUAACUUGUGACAUUUUGCAAGAAAUCAUUGUUUAUCUUGCCUAAGAAUCAGCUUAGGGUUGUAUUUUAAAACUGCAAAAUAUUUAUGCUGCCCUACCAUCAUAAUAUGUGCCUCUAACAGAAAAUGGAUACUAGCCAAACCAUCAAAAACUGCAUCAUUGCUAUGAGAAGUACUUGAAACUCCACUUGAGUACUUGACUGGUUUUGAGCAGAGAAACUUUUUAUCUAAGUUGUUUUCAAAAUAUUUAAUUUAAAAGGGGAGGGG